GCCGAGGAACAAUUGGUGGGGAGACAACAGAGAGAGAGAAAGGGAUGAUAAGAUGGAAAAAGUGUGGGGAUGGUAUUCGGAGGAGAUGGAAGCUAAGGCUAAAGAGAGGCAUGCUAAGGAGGAUAAAUUGAAGGAGGAAGAAGAAAAGAGGAAGAUCCAAGCUGCAGAGGAGGAGCGCGCUAAGGCGAAAAGAGAGCCCGAAGAGUUCAAGCAGUCCAUCGGGAAGAUGGUCAGGGAGAGCAUGAAGGAAGUUUGUGCGAGAGAACAGUUGGAGAAGCAGAGGAGGGACGAGUUGGAAAAGCUCAGACAAGAGAAUGGUGACCUUGUGCGAAUAGCCUCCGGGAGAGCUAAUCGGGAGUUAGAUUCGAUCAAGGCGGAUAACCAAGCUCUGAUCCACGAUUUCUUGGCCCUUAAGAGUGAGGUCGAGCUCCUCAAGCGGAACAACAAGCGCACCUCGGAAGCAGUUACGAAGAAAAGUCCGCCCGUCGAGUCUGCAAAAGGGGUUCGCAGACCCCGGCUGAGUGGGCGAAGCUUGCAGAAGCAUACCGAAAGGUUCAUGACGAAAAGGAUAUGGCCGAACGAGAGGUCUCAGCGCUGAAGGAUAGGAUAAACAGGAUCAAGAUUG